AAAAACACUUUUUCUCUCCAAUCGAAGAUGGACUGAUUAAGGAGUUGAGGGAACUCAACCUCUUGAUGUUCCCAAGUACUGUAAGAUUGCAGAAGCCUUUACUUUCCAACUGUGCUGCUAUGGAGCAAAAAGGUAAUGCAGGGGGACUGUUGCUUCCUGACCUGAACUUGGUGCAUCUUGACCUGAACUUGCAUCCUCUUGAGGAGAUCGAGGAGUGAUGGAUGCUGAUGAGACUCCAUAGAGCGACAGAGAGAUCAUUUUUAGCGUAUUUCAGGCUAGAGUUUUGGGGUAGAAAAGGACUCACUACAGUUCUUAGGGAGAGGAGUAGGGAGGGGCUUCUGUUAAGCAGGAGUCAAUUAUCUCUCAUGAAAUAAUGAAAUAUCAGAUGAGAUUGAUCUAUGUUAUUGUUUGGUUAUUUUGUUAUCCUGUUUGUUGUACCUUUAAUUUCUCUAUUUGAAACAUUUACAAUGGAUGAUCUUAUUGGCAAAUUGUAUUUUAGCCUGGAAAGGCAGUUUGAUGGUAAGGAGAGUAACAGUCUUGGUCCCUGACUCCUGGAUUCCGUGCAAGUUGAUCAUCAUAUUUCUGAGCUUUGCAAUUUGCUCCUUGAUCAAGAAUGGAGAAAAUCUCACUUGAGCCUUUAAACUUCUGAUUUAUCCUUAGAUCCUCAUCUUUUCAGCUCUUUGCAUUGAAGUCCUUUUUCUUCUAAUUCUUUCCAUUUAGUCAUCAAACCUUUAAUCACCAAAAUUUUGCACAACAUGAAUAGAGUGAACAAUUAUGA